AGUUUCCACUCCUCUCCUUUUCUACAGACGCCUACAUUCCUUUCAACAAAGCGACGAGUUUCACCAUAAAGCCUUAAGUAUUACAGAAGGGCCGGAUUAGUUUGGAGGAUGGGCUCUUCAGGGUGAGGCAACGUUUAUAAGAAUGACACUCAGUAGAUCACUCAUUCACCUCGGACACACGGGGAAACUUCAUCGUUCCUGCUGAACACUCUAGCUUGAGAAAAUGGAGUCUUUGACUGCAGCAAACACACAGUUCUCCCUAAACCUGUUUAAGAAGAUCAGCAAAGAAAACGCAUCAGGAAAUGUGUUCUUCUCUCCUGUCAGCAUCUCCUCGGCUCUGGCCAUGGUGUCGCUCGGAGCAAGAGGAAACACAGCGGCUCAGAUGAUUAAGGUCCUGGGCUUUAACAAUCCUCCACCUGCACAAGCAAUGAUGCAACAAGCUCAGAAGCCCCAGAUUACAUGUGGCGUCAAGGAUCAACAUGGACCAUCAAUGAUGCAGCAAACCCAGAAACCUCAGUUACCUGCUGAGUUUUUGAAAUGUCCUGACCAGAGGGUAGCCGGACGAAAACCCGAGGACCAAAUUCAUUCCAGCUUCAACAAGUUUAUGAGUGAGCUGAACAAACCAGGAGUCCCGUAUGCGUUGAGUCUCGCCAACCGCCUCUACGGAGAGCAAUCCUACCAGUUUGUUGAGAAAUUCCUCAAUGACGCAAAAAUCUACUAUGAAGCCGGACUGGAGAAGGUGGACUUCAAGAACAAACCAGAGGCGGCUCGUGUCAACAUCAACAAAUGGGUGGAGAAAAAAACACAAGCGAAGAUCAAGGACUUGGUGCCACAGGGAGCCAUUGAUGCGAUGACGAGACUUGUUUUGGUGAACGCCAUCUACUUCAAGGGAAACUGGGAGAAGAAAUUCCCAAAGGAAACCACCAGUGAUGGACAGUUUAAGCUGAACAAGAAUCAAACUAAACCAGUGAAGAUGAUGCAUCAAAAGGCAAAGUUUCCUCUGGGGUUCAUCGAAGAGAUCAACAGUCAGGUUCUGGAGCUGCCGUAUGUCGGGAAGAAUCUCAGUAUGUUGAUCAUCCUUCCUAACGAGAUGGAAGACGACACCACUGGCCUUCAGAAGCUUGAAAAGGCACUGACCUACGAGAAGCUCAUGGAGUGGACCAAACCAGAAGUCAUGCGUCAACAAGAGGUUCAGAUAUCUCUGCCCAGAUUUAAGAUGGAGGAAAAAUACGACAUGAAGAGUCUUCUGAUCAGCAUGGGAAUGGAGGAUGUGUUUGACGAGAAGAAGGUGAAUCUUUCAGGCAUGUCCUCCAACAACGACCAGGUGCUGUCGAAGGUGAUCCAUAAAGCCUUUGUUGAAGUCAACGAGGAAGGAACCGAAGCGGCUGCAGCCACCGGCGCCAUCAUGAUGACACGGUGUUUAGUCAUCCCGCAGUUCUUCAACGCAGACCAUCCUUUCCUUUUCUUCAUCCGACACAAUCCAACCAAGAGCAUUUUGUUUUACGGACGCUUCUGCUCUCCAUGAGGGAGUUCUGCUGCAUGAGACGCUUCCGGCUGGUUUAGAUGAUGAUCUGGUUCAAAUGAGUAGGAGAGACUCGAGACAACUACUGCAAUUUACAGGAGAACGUAUUGGAUGGGUCUCUUCAUGCUACUGUAUAUGCAAUCAAAUCUUUCAGUUUACAGAAAUAUUUUUGUUGUUUCUUGCACUAUAUGAGGCUCUGUUAUACAAGUAUAAUAUGUAUGCAUUAACUGUAACAGUAUAUUAAACAUAAAUUAAACAAA